CUGCUCCCUCCCUCCCUCCCUCCCCAUCCCUGUCCCUGUCCGGUGCUCCGUCGUGGCCCGUGCUUGGUCUUCUCCGCUCAGCUCAGGAAGAAGUCCCUGCUUUGCGUGGGGGGGCCGAGCGAGGACUGAAGAGGUGUCUCUCCCCCACUCCCCUCAAACGCGUUUGGAAGGGACUCAAUUUUGAAGAUGUUCCAAUUUGGCUCAAGACUCCUGUUCCUGCCCAUCCUUCUUGGAGUGGUGAAUGCUGCUCCUGCUUUGGAAGGUGAUGGAGAAGAGCAGCCAAAUGAAGAGAUUGUCGUAACCUUUCCCAGGGAUGAAGCCAGUCUGAAUGAAAUGUUCCGUGAAGUAGAGGAGCUGAUGGAGGAUACUCAGUAUAAGCUGAGCAAUGCCGUCAAAGAGAUGGAGGCAGAGGAAGAAGGCAGUAAAAGGCUAGCAGAAAUUGAUUUUGAGAAGUUGCCUGCAAACUACCACAAUGACUCCCACAGAGAUACAAAAAUUGGAAAUAAAACUAUACAUACUCACCAAAAAAUUGAUAAGGCAACUGAUGAUAAAACAGGAUCUACGAGCUAUUCAGAAACAGUUAUUACAUCAAUACAAGAAGGAGAUAACAAGAAGAAUCAUGAAUGCAUUAUUGACGAGGACUGUGUAACUGGAAAAUACUGUGAAUUCUCAGGUUUAGAGUACAAAUGUCGUGACUGCAAAAUUGAGCACAAACGUUGUUCUCGAGAUGUGGAGUGUUGUGGGCACCAACUCUGUGUCUGGGGAGAGUGCAUGAAAACUGCUUCUAGAGGAGAAAAUGGAACAAUUUGUGAAAACCAGCAUGACUGCAAUCCUGGAAUGUGUUGUGCAUUCUCAAAAGAUCUUCUGUUCCCUGUGUGCACUCCACUAGCUGGAGAGAGAGAGCCUUGCUAUGACCCUUCAAACAUGCUUCUUAACCUUAUUACCUGGGAGCUAGAGCCGGAUGGAGCCCUUGAUCGUUGUCCGUGUUCCCAUGGAUUCAUCUGUCAGGUUCAGAGUCUUAGCAGUGAUUCUCUUUGUGAACGUUCCUUUAACAAGACCCAAACUGAGGAUGAGAAGCUUUUGGUAGACGAUGAAACAUCACUUCUGGAUUUUAUAUCUGAAGACAUUCCUGGUGACUAUGGAGCAAGACUGAUCAAAGAAGUGCAGGAAGGCUUGGAGGAAGAAGCAGUUGACUCAAAGGAAUUGGAUAUCGCCAGUGACCUGCUUUUUGGAGAUGAAAUAUAAAUUAAUGAAGUAAAUUAAUUUGUCGUUUACACAUUUUCAGCCAAGGUGAUUUAUUGUUUUAUAUUUUCAAACAAGCCACACAUACCACCAUUUUUCUGUGUUGGAUAGAAGUGCAAUAAUUGAGAAUAUAUUUUACAUAGUUAUCAUCUCUGUCCUGCAUGAUCAGAUGUUUCUUUUUCUUACCAAUCCAAACCAAAUUAUGCACCAAAGCAUCAAGCACUUGCUUUGGGUUUUUUUUAACAGAAAAAGACUGGAAUUAUGUGUCAUUGUAUGCUUAACCAAUUACUGAACCAAGUAACAUGUGGUUUAGCACUCCAAAACCUGACAGAGACAUAAUUCAACUAUUCACAAGUUGCCUGUAGAAUGGCUCUUCUGUUUCCCAUGCAGCUGAUGACUGAAAAGUAAGUUGGUGAGCAAACUAAGAUUGUGACUAUAGUGUCAAAAUUGUGACAAAAUAGUUGUAACCCCCCUCCUCCCAGCCUAUUUAAUGGGCAUCAGCUGCAUGAAGAGAAACAGGGCCAUCUCCCUAACAAUCGGAACAUGGUGGCAUUUUUCUUCUAGUCAUGUUUUUUUAGGAAUGGGCCUGGAUAAUUUACCUUCAGUAGUUAAAUACAAGGCGAUGCAGGAUUCUGGCCAAAUUCUUGAGCAUUAAACUUGCCAAUCAAGAUAUUAAAUUUAUUUAAGAUUAUUGGUCAUGGUUUGAGUUCAACAUUUUCUGUAUAUUUUGAUUGUUCUUUUUCUAACAAAAAUCACAGGAGGAACCUUGAUUUUCUGUUCUAAUUAUGUAUUCUUUUCUUUUAAAAUAUGUGUGGACUUGCAAUAAAUACCAUAGUUGUGUUGUAGUUUUUAAUAGCAUCUAUAGAACUUAAGGCGUUCAGGUGAACUUGAGAUUGACUUGGGAGUUUCUUCCCUUUGAGAAAUGCCGGUAAUGUAAUGGUGCCCCUGACAAGGCUGGUCAAGCAGUAUUGGGUCCUUUUAUUUUACAAUGGCCUGGAAUCUGAUAUUAUCCCAAUAUGGAUCUGGAUUCCUCAAAAUAUGGGAGAGUCUUUAUACAACUUAGGAGCUCUAGUUGCUGGAGAUACUUAAAUGUGGAAGUUUGCCUUCAUUCUCACAAAAAAAUACAAUUUGAAAUUCCAUGUCAUACUACAGACCAUCAUGUAACCAAAGACAGUGUGAGCCAAGUAGCAUAUUCCAAUUUCCCUCCUUUGCUCAUUCCAGAGAACAUCUUCAAGAUUGAGAUAUACUAAUCUACCCAGAUAGAUGGUUAAAGUGUUUUCAGUAUGUGGUGUUGGCUGCACAGUUCAGACUGCUCACCUUUGGGAACAGCACAGAAUACUUGAAUUUAUCCUACUUUGUAGGAAUGCGGAGUAACCAGUGGAAAAUUGCUGGUACUUAGGGGCAAUGGAAAUUAUGUUGAAUAAUCUAUUCUUGUGUCUGUCACACACACGGUUAUAGGUUGGCUGCAUCUGCAAGCAACUAUUCAUAUUUUCUAAAGGAAUUAACAUUCCUUUCUACUUCUGAUAUUUUCAAAAUGUUAUUGCCUUGCUUUUGUCUGUCAGAAGGACUGGGUCUACCCUAUCCAAUCUGUCAUCGAUCCACUCUGUGCUGCAUGCAAAUCUACCAUUUGCCAAAAUAUACAAUCCUGUGCUUUUCUUUUCCAUUUCUGGUUGAAUAGCUUAACCAUUGUUUCAUCUCAUGUGGUCUCUUGGUAUCCAGUUCAUUAAUCAAUAUGUCCAUCUUUUGUUCAUGCUAUAUGCCCUCCCCAUCUUCUUUUUGCCACAUAGAUUUCACUGACCAUGUCACAUACCCUGGUUCUUUGACACAACUCUAUUGCUGACUUUAUCUCUUGUCAUUCCACACAGCCUUCUUUGCAUUGCUCUCUGGGUCACCACCUGUUUUUCCUCCUCUAACUUGUUUCAGAUUAUGUAACAUUGCCAGUAAAGCUGUACUGUUGAAGAUACCUGCUCUGACCUUCAUUGGCAGCUUAUCAUGUUAGCACUGUUUGGUUUCUAUUAAAAGCUGUCCAAGCUGC